AUGGCGGCGAGCCAGAUCAGCCAGCAAUUGAGCUCGACGAGCAAGCGAUUCGCAGGCACGCCAGACUAUCUCGCGCCAGAGGUCGUGCUUGGCUUGCGCAUGGACGAGAUGGCCGACUGGUGGGCCCUAGGCGUAGUCACGUACGAGUUUCUCUACGGCGUACCGCCCUUCCACGAUUCAACAGCCGAGAAAGUAUUCGACAACAUCUUAUCUCGUCGCAUAGACUGGCACGAGAACGAAGUAGAGAUAUCGGCCGAAGCGCGCGACUUUAUCAACAGACUGCUCUGCACGGAUCCUGAACGGCGGCUAGGCGCGAAAGGCGCGCAAGAAGUCAAAGAUCAUCCCUUCAUGCAGGCUAUCGACUUUGAGAAUCUCAUGAACAGCGAUGCCUUCUUUGUGCCGACAAGCGAGGAUCCCGAGAACACGGAUUAUUUCGACGCGAGGGGAGCUACGCAAGAGAUUUUCAGCGAUGAGGAUCCUGAUCAGACUGCCAUACCGCCCUUGUUGGAGGAGAUACCUGCGCCGAGAUAUCCGCAGCUAUUGUCUUCGAUCACAACAACGAAUCUCGCUGCUGUCGUGACUUCUGCACCAGCACUGCCGACGGCAACAGCAAGCGCUAUAGAACCUACUGCGCCGCAAGCGCCAUCGUCAGCAGAGGCUUCUGCUCGCUCUUCACCAAGAAGAGAGCGAUCGGAGACCGUACCCUUGCCUGUACAAGACGAGUUCGGCGCCUUCAAUUUCAAAAAUCUGGAUGUCCUGAAGCAAAAGAACGACGACGUCAUCAAACGAAUGCGAUCGGAUCAAUUCUCUACCGGGCCAAACACAGGUCUAUCAGACUCCUUGGGCUCACAGCGACAUGCUUCGGGAGGAUCUCACGGUAACAAGUCACGUUCGGGUUCAGGCAGUGGCAAGCUGCCCUCACCCAGUGCAUCGACUUCCUCGCCGAUGUCAACUCCAUCUCGUGGCGUGCUUCCGCUACCCUCCUCUCCUUAUCGUGCAAGUCAUACCAGACGACCUUCAGAGCUUCCUAGUGCAGCUGAUCGAUUCAAAGACCGCUUCACGCAAGAUCACGAGCAUAAUGAGCACUCUCGACGAAGCUCAAUGCCUACCAGAUUGCGCGCCAAUUCUAUCAGCGAAGGCGAGAGAAGGGUCGCCUCGUUGGGCGAAUGGAGCAUGCCGCGAACCUUCUCGGGUCAAGGGCAGCAGGCGGAUAUGCUCGUUGCACCUCCCGACGGCAGCGAUCGAGACGGCUCUCCAGUUGAUCCCAAAGCUGAGCGCACUGUCGAUUGUCUGAUAGCGGAAGAUAACCCAAUCUCGAGCAAGAUAUUGGAAACGCUCCUGACGCGCUUAGGCUGCCGCUGUGUCGUCGUGCACAAUGGCGAAGAAGCGAUCCGAUGCUCGAUGGGUGAAGUGACAUUUGAUAUCAUCUUUCUUGAUAUGAUGAUGCCCAUACUCGAUGGAGAGGCAGCUGCUAAGAUGAUCAAAUCCACACGUAACCCCAAUCAGGAUACGCCCAUUGUCGCUGUGACGAGCUAUAGCGACAUGCCAGAAGGCGACCCGUUGUCUGAAGAAGGGACCAUCUUCAGUGCCGUUGUUGCCAAGCCGGUCAACAAGACAAAUGUGCUCAGCGUAUUCAGAAAGCUAGGGUUCGAAGUAGCGAGCUCGGUCGGCCCGCUAACGAGCGCGCUGGAGCAUGUCAGCUUGCGUUCUGCUUCACUAGUCACGACUUCACCACGACGAGCUGCGAUUACUGGCGACAUAUGA